AGCCACCAGUCACAUCAACCACAGCGCCACAUCAGUAUUAUGAAUCAUUGCCCCCCUUUUUAAAGUAACUAUUUAAAACAAAACGUGUAUUAAAUUCACGUGGAUGCAGAGACGAGGGCGAUAAUUGAUUAUCGGAAGAAGUUGGAUUAUAAAGCCACUUGAAGUGAGGAAGCUUUCUUGUUGCUGCCAGAUGCUCACCGAGAUGAACUGGAGUCAGAUGGACGGAGCCAGCCGAACGCUUCACCGGUAGUGUGGCCUGCGUAGAUAAGCCCCCCCCAUGAGGUGAAACCCCUCUGUGCAUCCUGCCAGCAGCAUUGAGAAAGGGAUGUCGCCGCUCUUCCUGCUUUUGGCAAUGUUCCUCCUCUCCAGCAGCAUCCAGAUGUCCCCGGCUGUCACCAUGGAUAAGCUGCAGGAGAGCUGGAGGUUGUACAUGGACGAGUGCGAGCGCAACAACAGCAGAGCACCUCCGAGUACUGGUCUUGUGUGCAACAGAACCUUUGACAAGUACGCUUGCUGGCCCGACGGACUCCCCAACACUACUGUUAGCGUGUCAUGUCCGUGGUACCUACCGUGGUACCACAAAGUUCAGCAUGGCAUGGUGUACCAGGAGUGUGAUGCUAACGGUCAGUGGGUGACUAUGAAGAACACCAGUGAGUGUGACUCCAAUGAUACCAGUCAGCAGUACUACGGACACAUUCGCAUCAUGUACACAGUUGGAUAUUCCCUAUCACUGGUGGCUCUGGUGUUGGCGCUAAGCAUCCUCAUAUUCUUCAGGAAGCUGCACUGCAUGAGGAACAACAUCCACAUGAACCUCUUUGCCUCCUUCAUCCUGCGAGCGCUGUCCAUCCUCAUCAAGGACGCGCUCAUGGAGGCCAACAUCACCUCGCAGGACCUGAGUCGGGACCAGGAACAGGGAUUCUCACGCGCCUCCAUGUUGCCUUUGGACCUGCUGGUCAACAAUGAGAUAACCAUCAGCUGUCGUGUGGCGGCGGUGAUGAUGCAGUACAGCAUCUUGGCCAACAGCUACUGGCUCCUGGUGGAAGGCAUCUACCUCCACAACCUGCUGGUUAUCACCGUGUUUACAGAGAGGAACUACUUCCAGAUCUACCUGUGCAUCGGCUGGGGUACGCCGUUAAUAUUCCUCGUUCCCUGGGUGGUCGCGAAAUAUCUCUAUGAGAAUCUAGAGUGCUGGGGUCAGAACGUAAACAUGAACUACUGGUGGAUCAUACGUUCUCCCAUACUGGUGGCAGUGCUGAUCAACUUCCUGAUUUUCAUCCAUAUCAUCAAAAUUCUCGUGUCCAAACUGAGAGCGCAUCAAAUGAGAUACACAGACUACAAAUUCAGGUUGGCCAAGUCGACUCUAACGCUCAUCCCUCUACUGGGCAUCCAUCAGGUGGUCUUCAUCUACGUGACGGACGAGGCGACCGAGACCACCAUCGGUUUACGUCUCACCAAGCUGGUCAUUGACCUUUUCUUCUCCUCCUUCCAGGGUCUCCUGGUAGCCAUCUUGUACUGCUUCGUCAACAAAGAAGUGCAGUCCGAGGUCCUGAAGAAGUGGAAGCGCUGGAAGCUGGGCCGAAACAUCGAGGAGGAAUACCGCCACACGUACAGUAACACGCCCAACACCAAGACGGGCAGCCUGCUCAACCACGUCUCGCAGCGUCAGCCUCACCUCCCUGACGUCGCCAAGCCGUCUGCGCCCAUCUGCACCCCCGAGGAGUGGCACAUGCUGGUGGCCAACGGUGGUGGGGCGGCCCACGGCAACGCGACGGGCCAGCAUGGCUCCCCGCUACACGAGGGGCCGCUCGGUAACUUCACCCUGGCGGAGGACAUGAGCCUUGCAGACAAGGCCAAGAGCAUGAACAUGUGAAGGACGCCACAAGAAGCUCUUUACUCUGCACUGAGCGGCUUUGAUGAACACGAAGCAAAGAGUGAGUGGGCGACUGUGCACCCCCACAGCCUGAGAACACACACGCACACACACACACACACACACACACACACACACACAGUGCUGCAUGGGGACGUUGCAGGCAAGGCAAAAUGUAAAAUAAUACUAUUUGAAAAAAAACAACCCUCAAACCUCAAACAGCAACUCAAAAGACUUUAUAUGAGCCUCUGAUAUUGUUUGUGUGUUGCAGCACUGGAGGCAAAAGGGGACCUUCAACUGCAUACUGUUCAUCUCCAGUAGUACACACAAGAAACACAUUAGUUGAGCGCAGACCUCCGCCAAGGCCCUUUUUUCAUUUUUUAAAGUAUGCAUCAUUGCUGUCUUUUAUGGCUGCGCCUUCAAAUAUUUAAAUAUGGCGGUACAAAAGUCAACUUUUUACCCAUUUGAACAUCUAAAGGCCCUGUAACACCUUGACGAUUUAGCCAGCGCAUGCCUGACGUGAUCAUUUUGAUGGCAUACAUUGAACUGUCGACGUUUUUUUCAAUUUUGGGCGUAUACAUAGCGUAUUCAUUACGAGUUCUACGUAUACAUGACGUAUUAGGAACUUAUAUACAACGUUUCUAUAACUUAUAGACAACUUAUACCAACGAAUGCGUAGCGUGUUGCCGGCGUUCACAACUUACGCCCAACACCAGUCUAACUUAUGCAAUCCCGACGAUGACGUGCCGUAGCCUAUAAAAAGGCUGCCACUUGAUGACUCAUCAUAACCUCACUAGACAUCGCAGUGUCAACAUCACCAUCAUGCCGAAGAAAAUUUCAAAGACCGCUGCCAAGAAGUAUCAGGGCAGUGACGGAGGCACCACCCACAGCCUCCCCCUCCCACUCUCACUCUGAUGGAGAUGACGCAGGUUCUAACGCCUCUCAGGCAUCGUCAAUGGUAUCGGAAGCUGCUUCCCCAGUGGCCUCCAUCUCCUCUCAGCCAACCCUUGCCAAGAAGAGAGCCAAGAAGACACAGUUUUGUCUCAAUGUCCAAGAGGAGCAGCUUAGGUGUGAUUUCCUUCGUGAGAACACCAUCCUCUGGGACAUCAAGAAGACUGACUACCGGAGAGUGGACAAGAAGGCAAAGGUACGCUUGAUAUUAUCUUGACGUAUUACGACUUGUGCGUAACUUACAAAUAACGUGUGUGAACGGGCGUCAACGAUCGCAUAACUUAUUGCCCGCGUAUGCGGGACGUAUGAAUCAUACGUUGACAUACGUCGAAAAGUUUUGUGCAUGCACAAAGUUUUUUGGACGACUUGGACAUACUACGACGUAUGCCGGCGUGCUUCAGCGUGCUCUUAACUUCUACAAAACUUACCCAUAACUUAUUCGACGUACGCCAGCGUAUUGGCCAAAUUUUUCAUACUUUGGCAUACGCUGGCUAAAUCGUCAAAGUGUGACAGGGCCUUAACACCGGACAUGCUAAAUAUUCUCUUAAGUGCUAACAUGUAUCCACCUAGCAUUGUGACAUUUGUCUACACAUUUUGUCCCAAAUUGUGAAUUUAUCUUUCAUAUUGACGUAUCUUGCAGAAGGGAGUCCAUCCCUCACAUUUAGCAAGUAAUUUUAUUGCAGUGUGUCUUCUCAAGGGACAAUACCAUAGAAAUAAACUUGGGUAAACUUUAGAGUAGUCCAUGUAUAGCUUGUAUAGCACUAUAGAGUUACUAGUCACUGUAAAUGAGUCAACACACAGCCAUUAUUGUCUAAAUAGCUGGCAACACAAGUGAGCAGCAAAAUAACUGUGUCUUGCCUACAGCCAAGCAUGGUGGCGGUGGCGCGCAUGAGUGCUGCCGGCACUGGGGAGCUGUGGUUCAUUGGCGGGAAGCAUGAAUUCCAACAUGCGCCAUGACCUCCUGCAGCAGAAACUUGGCCACUCGGUAGUUCUCCAACAUGAUGAGUCCAAACUGAAGCUGAAGGCCAAGUGUGUCUCCAAGCAUGUCUCCUACAGACCUGAACCCAAUGGAGCACCUGGAAGGUGGAGGAGUGCAGGGUGUCCAACAACCACCAGGUCCACCAAGAGGGUCCCAGUGACAACAUGUGAAGUUCUGCUGAAUGAAGUCAAUUCCAUACCCAAGAGGAUAAAAGGCAGUGCUCGGUAACAAUGGUGAUCACUCCAAGGACACAAUUUGGACAUGUUCACUAGACAAUACUGUAAUGGCAGUGUGUUGACUCAUUUUCAGUGGAUGGCACAUCUAUACUGCUGUACAAGCUGCACACUGACUACUCUGAAGUAUGUCCAAGCGGACUUUCUGUAGUAUUGUCCCUUGUGAAGAUUGCUGAAAUGUGAGGGGUUGUACUCACUUUCAGGAGGUACUGUACAACCUCGGUGGAGGUUAAAAAAAAAAAAACAUGGCACAAAACAAGAUGGCUGUAAAGUGUUUUUACGUGUUUUUUAUAUAUCGUCUGUACUCAUUUUGGUUCUGUUGACGUCGUGUGAGCGCCGUGUACAUGGGAAACAGGCAGCUGCUCAGGCCAGGUCCUUCCUGGUUUACAUACAGGCCUGAAUACAGGUCAAGAGAGGCUAAGAGAUGAAUUAUAAAUAAGAUGUAAUUGCUUGGCUCUUCUGUGAUUGGUCAGAGGAGGGGGGUUGGGGGGGGAAGCACACAUACACUUUUUUGCAGUUUUUAAAAUGCUUUAUAUGGUUAUUGCUCCCCUUGUCGUCAUGCUAUAUACAGCGGUGUGGAAAAGGGUUUGCUCCCUUCCUGAUUUCUUAUUUUUUGCAUGUUUGUCACACUUAAAUGUUUCAGAUCAUCAAACAAAUUUGAAUAUUAAUCCAUGACAACACAACUGAACACAAAAUGCAGUUUUUAAAUAAAACUUGUUAUUAUUAGGGGAGGACAAAAAUCCAAACCUACAUGGCCCUGUGUGAAAAAGUGAUUGAUGCCCAAGACCUUUGGGAAAAUACUCUGUGGUCUGACGAGACAAAGGUUUAACUUUUUGGAAGGUGUGUGUCCAUUUGGCGUAAAAGUAAUGCCGCAUUUCAGAAAAAGAAUGUCAUACCAACAGUAAAAUAUGGUGGUGGUAGUGUGAUGGUCUGGGCUGUUUUGCUGCUUCAGGACCUGGAAGACUUGCUGUGAUAAAUGGAACCAUGAAUUCUGCUGUCUACCAAAAAAUCCUGGAGGAGAAUGUCCGGCUAUCUGUUGGUGACCUGAAACUGAAACCAACUUGGGUUCUGCAGCAGGACAAUGAUCCAAAACACACCAGCAAGUCCACCUCUGAAUGGCUGAAGAAAAACUAAAUGAAGACUUUGGAGUGGCCUAGUCAAAGUCCUGACCUGAAUCCUAUUGAGAUGCUGUGGCAUGACCUUAAAAAGGCGCUUCAUGCUGGAAAACCCUCUAAUGUGGCUGAAUUACAACAAUUCUGCAAAGAUGAGUGGGCCAAAAUUCCUCCACAGCGCUGGAAGAGACUCAUUACAAGUUAUCACAAACGCUUGAUUGCAGUUGUUGCUGCUAAGGGUGGCCCAACCAGUUAUUAGGUUUAGGGGGCAAUCACUUUUUCACACAGGGCCAUGUAGGUUUGGAUUUUUGUUCUCCCUUAAUAAUAACAAGUUUUAUUUAAAAACUGCAUUUUGUGUUCAGUUGUGUUGUCAUUGACUAAUAUUUACAUUACUUUGAUGAUCUGAAACAUUUAAGUGUGACAAACAUGAAAAAAACAUAACAAAUCCAGAAGGGGGCAAACCCUUUUUCACAUCACUCACUAUGUGGGCAAAAGUACUGGGACAUUUGGCUGGGUUAAUGCACAGCCUCUUUCACACAGAACUGCCACGUCUGAGAAGUAGAUCUUGCUGUGCCUUUUACACAGAACCUCGUAAAGGUGGGUUAUUGCUGCAAACCGGGUGUGCUUUCACACAGCGACACGGCACGCUGCAAUCAGACAAUUACACGACAUCAGCGCCUUGUCUCUUCUCUGUGUGAAAGGGGCUUAUAACAGUGAACUACGAGCUCAUUUACUGCAUUUGAACCUACUGGCUAGCAAAAAUCAUGAACGAAGUGUGUUUAUUGAAGUCCACAUUCAUGGUGUGUGUAGCACUAUUAAAAACAUACAGUGGUACCUCGGUUUUCGUUAUUUUGUUCCAAAACGGAAAAAAAAACGAAUGUAUGAAAACCGAGGCAGUUUUUCACACAGCAAAUAAUGCAAAUCCAAUGAAUCCGUUCCAGCCACCCAAAAAUAUUAACAAAACAAAACCCCAAAACAAAACAAAAACAAUUCUCAAGAGAAUAAUUAUGGUUUUACAUGCGGACAACGAACGCAUGGAACUUCCCAUACAUGCUGACGAGAUGGAAUAUAAUACUGUUUCUCACCGUCUCUGUCAAAGUGCUGGCACUCGCAACUUUCUUUGGCCCCACAGUGAGUUAUUUAGCAGCCGUAGUCAACAAAAAAUGCCCGAACAGUGAGUCAGCAACACGUAGGGUGUUUCGUUUGGACACUCGAUUUCACGGAACGAUACAGUACGGGGCAAACGUACUAGUUCAUUGCACGAAAACCGAGCCCUUAUAGGAAAACGGAGGCAACAUUUUGGCAAAAAUCUUCAACAAAAGCCAAAUCAUACGAAAACUGGUGCGAACCAUUUUUAAUUGCAUGCAAUUGUCUAUUAUUUCUCGCAGAGGCCGCAUUAAGAUUCAGUGCUUUCCUCCAAAAAGUGCUUCCCAAUUCUUUUGUCCACUAACAGCCCACCCAAACCUUCCCCAAGAUGCGUGCAUUCAAACUGUCCAGUGUCACAAGCAUAAAUCCACCUCACCACGGUGCAUUAAAGGUGUUUUGAUAAGGUUCAUUUUGAUAAAGCGUAAAGUUCACGCUGUCAUGCUGGUGGAAUGCACUCCCCCCCCCCCCCCCCCCCCCCCCCCCCCACCCCCACCCUGAGCUUAAAAGGUCUGACGCCACGUCGGUGCUAGCAGGCGACUUUGUACGACCAGGCCAGGCUUACUUAUUGCACAGCCUCACGCUCUCUCCUCGGGCUGUGGACACGUUUUUUUGAACAACGCUCUUCUUCACACCCAAGAGCUGCAGAACAAAAAAAAACAAAAAACAACAAAAAAAAAAGGUACGUUUGUUUUUUUAAAAAGAACAAGCAUCACGCAGAAUGAUUCUACGUGACUUUGUCUCUGUAUUUGUGUGUGAUUGUUUGCACAACCUUCUACAUGAUUUGAUCACACACGCACUCUAUUAGGCCCACUUUAUUAGGUACACCUACACCGUCCUUUGUGGAGCCCCCUAUGGGUUGUGCUUAAAAUACAUUGGAAGACAUGCUCGCAUACAUGUAGCACAGACAUCCUCAAAGUUUUAUCGUCAUUACACAAAUGCUCAAUGACUGAUGGACAAUUCAUUGCUAAGGCCCUUUUGCCCUUGCAAAAACGUUUUGCUCGAUGGCGGCCGUGUUUUUCAACCAAUCAGGCUCCAAUUUUACACACAUGCGCUUCUCAGUCCCUUAAAGGUCUGUGCCACAUUUUGUAGUGACACGGCAAAACACCCGAAAGUUACAGCGGGUGUUUUGAGCUGAGAAAUUUCAUGUCAAUUCGACUUAUGGGGUCAAACCUUGGGGUUUGAUAAUAAUAAAUAGUGUGGUGUAUAAUAGCACAGGUAACACAGUAGGUGUGCAUGUUUUGACAAAUUUUCACCCUUUUGUGUACAGCGCUUCAUAAGUAGAAGAGUCACAUGUGAACCCCAUGGAGUCCCAAUGUAGGUCAGUAUUUUUUUAUAGGCAAAAGACAAGACAGAUUUUUAUUUUAUUCUUUUUUUUUUUUUAAAUAAUUGCAUUUUUUAUGUAAUAAUAAUAAAAAUAUAAUUAAAACAAAAUUUAUUUUUGUAUUUUUAAUUUAACUUGACAAUUUAAAUGAAGUAAUAAUAGCAGUAAUGCAUUGAAAUGUAAUUUUUUUUUUACAUUUUAAUAUAAUAUUUAAUUGUAAUUCACAAACGUCACCACUAGGUGGAGCAACCACACCCCACCUGCAUCGGAAUGCGUGCGAAAAUUCCCAUUGAGCCACGUGGUAUACGUUGUCAUCGUCUACAACCAGCCUGUCUCUUCAAAAGCCGAACUUUUAAACGUUACUCGGUUGUACAAGUGUACCUAAUGAAGCGUCCAGUGAGUGCCUUUGUGUUACUAUGGGCCUUUUUCUGUGUGUGUAGCUUGCUGCUGAUUCAGUAUUGCAGUAUUUGCAGAUAUUCGGGUGAGUCACUCUGCCAGCAGGGGCCAAAAGUCAGAGGUCACCCCCCGUCUACAGUAUUUAAGUAUAUUGGCACACCGGUGGUGCUGCUGCUUGCAUAGCAAGACACACAAUGAAAGUGAAUGUUAAAGAAUAUGCUAGUACGGUCAGUGGGGUCAAUGUGUUGGUUUUUAUUUCAGAAAAAUAAGCUGUGACCUGGAUGUUCUCGUCAGCUUGGCUUCCUCCCCCGCCCCUUUUUAUGGACGUGGUUCUAUUUGAAUGUAUUCUCUCAAACGAUGUAUUGUUUCUUCAAGGUGUAUAGUAUUUUUGGUGUGAGUGCUCAGGUGUAUACACUUUAUCAUUAUAUAUAUAUUGUGUCUAAAUGGUGGAAGAAUAAAACCGCAGUGAAAGAUGAUGUGUCUUUUGGAGGUUCUUUUCCUGUUAAAAUACACACAGAAUUAAACGACAUGUCGCAGCAGAUCCUCUUCCCUUAUUGGUUGUAGCCUGGAGUCAGGUGCUGUUUAAUGGUGCACACUCUGUCCUUGUUGAAGUGCUAUUUUAAGGACUUUUUAUUAUUAUUUUAGAUUUGUUUAAAAUGAUACAGCUCGGUUUCAAUGACAUUUAUUAAUUACAAUUUUGGAAAAAAAAAUCUUUGAAAAUCUUGCAAAUUUUUUUAUAUUUUAUUGUAUUUUUUUUCAAUCGCAAAGGUAAUAAGUCAUUUUAAACAGUCAGCCAACCAACACAAAUCU